AUGCCUUUCAGGAGUCUGCGACCUGAGGAGCGAGGCAAUGCGUUGGCGACGCCGUUGUCGGCUGCCGCCCGCGAUUUCUACAGCGAGAAGCAGUCUAGUGUCUACACCACCGCUGCAAACGCCAGCAUCCAAAAGGACCUGACGGGACACGCUCUGGAGUUGUUGCAGUUGGAAUUAACACAUUUCCAAGUUGAAAAUGUGUUCCUCUUAGACUUGGGCGCUGGCUCGGGAUUGAGCACAAAGGCAGCUCAGGACUGGUUCAACGAGAGGAAAACCGCAGCUUUCACACUGGCAUUCGAUAUCAGCGCAUCAAUGUUGUCCCUUGCGUCAAAGGAGCGACAGGAAGAGAGUCAAGUGUGUGCAGACUUCUACUGCGGCAACGCAGCACAGAAGCUCCCGCUUCGAGAAGGCAUACUGGAUGCUGCAAUUGGGAUCUCAAUGUUGCAGUGGCUACAGCCCAAGGGACUGGAGAUCUGCUUCUCUUCACUGUUGGCACAGCUUUCCAGCGAUCGGGACUCUCGAGCGGUCUUCCAGGUCUACCCGUCGGGUUUGGCUUACGUGGACAUGAUGGAGAAGACUGCGCUACGAGUGGGUUUUAACCGUGCAGAGACGUUUGUAUCGUUUCCACACACGACGACGGCGAAGAAGUGGUUUUUCUGUGUGGAAAAGCUGACGAAUAAACAUGAGGAUAACCACGAUGAGGAGCAAGAGUUGUGUCUGUUUGCCAGACGAUAUGAGAGACGCUGCGUGCUGCAGUGGCUUGGAAAGGAAAAGGACUGUGCGAAGGAGAUUCGGGAGCGAGUGGAGAAGGAGCACGUGAAGACGGCGUGGCACAUCUGGCGGAAAUAUCGACGGUCUAUUGUGGAUGUUGAGACUGAAGCCACACCAGCCAAGAAGCCGAAGAUAGUGCACGCUAAAGCGCAGCAAUCACUGGAGCUUUACCCGAGUGACAAAGUCAUCGGAAGAGCACUGCAAGCGAAGUUUGAAGAAAAAGCUGGGAAAAUUACGCUUGCUUUCUUGCUGGAGCAUUCUACAGAAGUUGUAGCCACGCUGCACACAGCUUACACCGAGGCAAGAAAGAUAGAACUUGCUACAAACUAG